AAAUUAGGUGGAUAUGUUAUAACAACUAUGAGAGAUGCUUGCCUCCAAGGAUUUCUUGAAUUGUCUCCCAGAUUGAUGCUUGCCAUGUACUCUUGUGAUAUUCAAGCAACAACCGAAGCUUUAGGCCGUGUAUAUGCGGUUAUAUCUAGACGUAGAGGUCGUAUUAUAUCAGACGAGCUAAAAGAAGGAACUCCAUUUUUCCAAAUUUGUGCAUUGCUCCCAGUUGUCGAAAGUUUUGGAUUUGCUGAUGAAAUCAGAAAACGAACUUCUGGUGCAGCUGUUCCACAGCUUAUUUUCAGCGGGUUUGAAAUGUUAAAUGAGGACCCUUUUUGGGUACCAACAACCGAGGAAGAGCUUGAGGAUUUAGGAGAAAAAUCCGAUAGAGAGAAUCUUGCAAAGAAAUAUAUGGAAAACGUAAGGAAACGAAAGGGAAUGUCCACGGACAAGAAAAUUGUUGAACACGCAGAAAAACAACGCACACUUAAGAAGAAGUAG